AUGUCUGCCACCGAUGAUGGAGAACUUCCCGCCGUGUUCGAAUCGGCCUCUGCUUACGACACACACUCAGACAGGGACACUGACCGGAUAAGAUCGCCGCGUCGUGGCCUCAAGAGGAUAUCUGCAGCGUGCCAGAGAUGUCGCCGAAGAAAACAAAAAUGUGACGGCAGACAUCCCGUAUGCGGGGCUUGUGCUGCUGCAAAUGUGCCUUGUGUCCCCUCAGAUCGUCUCGUUGUCAAGGUCGACAGGGAAUGCGAGUGCGACCAUCUGAGAGGCCAGGUAGAGCGCCUGAAAGACCGCGUGAACGAGCUGCAGACACAACUCGCCAUGCAAUCGAGACUGCCCUCGGAAGCUCGCUCUCAGGAGAGUCAUCUGCAGAUAAGAUCUGUCGCCGAUCGCCAAGAACCCGAUGGCUCGGUUGCGAGCUUGGAGAGGGGAUAUGUUGGACGCAUGCUUCUGCCAACUUUUAGAGGAUUGGGACCUAACGGCGCUUCUGAGACGGGGUUUAUGACGGGACCUUGGCAGCUGUGGCAUGGGCUGUCAGCCAGUGAGACGCCUCCGACCGCCACGUCAAACACAUUCUCGCUUCACCGAGACGGCCUCAGCCUGAUUGAAGUAUUCUUCGAUCGUCGAUGGCCGCAAUACCCGGUCCUUCAUCGCCCGUCGUUCAUGGAGCAACAUUACAUACCGUACUGCAACGGCCAAGUACGGAGCAGACUGUCAGCGUUUGAAGUCCACAUGGUUCUCGCGAUUGGAGCAUCAGAAAAAGCACGAAUCAGCUCAGACGCGCCCGUUUCUCACGAGGUCUUCUUCGAGGCAGCUGUGCGUGAUCUCGACGCAGUACUUUCAGCUGAUGACCUCGACUGCAUACGCUGUCUUUCUCUGCUCUGCCUUUUCGGCAGCAACGAGCCGCAGUCGGUCAAUUUGUGGUACACCGUUGGCAUGGCGUUGAGGCUUGCAGUAGGUAUCGACAUGCAUCGGGAGGAGAGCAUGGCCAAUAAGACGCUGCUCGACGCCGAGAUGCGAAAACGGUUAUUCUGGAGCCUGUACACCAUGGACCGAAGUGUCUCAAUCUCUCUCGGCAGACCAUUGGGUAUUCAGGACGCUGAUAUCACGGUACCCCUGCCAUUGGUCCUCACCGAUGAGCAAAUUGCCGGACCUGCAGACCAAGCCAUAGCGAAUAUUCUUCCCGACGUCAGAGACAUGUCUGCAUUUCGUCAUAUCGUCGAACUACGUCAGAUCAACGCGGGAAUCUACUCCGCCCUCCACUCGGCAGGCGGCAUAAACCUCCAAGGCCGAAACCUCGACUCCAUACGCCAACAGCAUUACACCCGUCUUAACGCAUGGCUUCUCUCCGCCCCGAGAUACCUUGCGCCACUGUCGAUGUACCAAACGCCAGAGUGGUUUCAAAUCGCAUAUCACCAAGCCGUCAUCAACCUCCACCGACCAUCUCAUGCAUCGCCAGUGAGCAGCGCAGAUGCCAUUCGACUAUGCGCGGAUUCAUCCAUAAGCCUUAUUAGCUGCUAUAACGCUCUAUACGCGAAGAACAAGAUAAUCUACACGUUUGUGGCGCUAGACUCACUGUUCAUGGCUGCUGUUACGAUGCUGUACUCUAUCAGAGCGAGUUCCGUGGUCCGUCUUGAACUCACAAGGGAAGUCGUCGAGGCCAAUAUCGAAACUUGCGUGAGACUCUUGUCCAAAAUAUCACACGGCAAAAAGGUUGGUGAGAGGAGCACCCAGAUCAUACGGAGAUUGGGCAAUGCAACGUUGGCAAUUUUCGACAACACGUCACAUGCCGAAGGCGAGAUUGACACAGAGUUCAUGUCAUGGUUUGGAGUCAAAAGUCAGAAUCCACCACCUCGUCAGGAGUAUCCUACGCCAAGCAUCGACACAGCCUGGAACGAUCUAUUCGAGCAUGGAUACGACCUCAACAGUUUUCAAAACGUGCACCUGCUGCUAUAG